GUCUUUGUGUUUUGGUUCAGGUUCAUCCUGGUCUUCAGCUGCCUGGUUCUGUCGGUGUUCUCCACCAUCCCGGCCCACCAGGACUUCUCCUCCCACUGCCUGCUCAUCCUGGAGUUUGUGAUGAUCGUGGUGUUCGGGCUGGAGUACAUCAUCCGGAUCUGGUCGGCGGGAUGCUGCUGUCGCUACAGAGGGUGGCAGGGUCGGCUUCGCUUCGCCAGGAAACCUUUCUGCGUCAUAGACAUCAUCGUUCUGAUCGCCUCCGUCGCCGUGGUGUCGGCCGGCAGUCAGGGAAACAUCUUCGCCACGUCGGUGCUGCGCAGCCUCCGCUUCCUGCAGAUCCUCCGGAUGGUGCGGAUGGACCGGAGAGGAGGAACCUGGAAGCUGCUGGGAUCCGUCGUGUACGCGCACAGCAAGGAGCUGGUAACCGCCUGGUACAUCGGCUUCCUGGUCCUGAUCUUCUCGUCGUUCCUCGUCUACCUUGUGGAGAACAAGUUCAACAAGGAGUUUGCGACCUACGCCGACGCCUUGUGGUGGGGAACGAUCACCCUGACAACCAUCGGCUACGGAGACAAGACGCCAAAGACGUGGACGGGACGGAUGCUGUCUGCAGGGUUCGCCCUCCUGGGAAUCUCGUUCUUCGCCUUACCAGCAGGUAUUCUGGGCUCAGGAUUCGCCCUGAAGGUCCAGGAGCAGCACCGACAGAAGCACUUUGAGAAAAGACGGAACCCAGCCGCCUACCUCAUCCAGUGUGUUUGGCGUAGUUAUGCGGCUGAUGAGAACUCGGUUUCCAUUGCUACCUGGAAGCCUCACUUGAAGGCGUUGCAUACCUGCAGCCCUACAAAGAAGGAGCAGGGAGAGUCGACUACCAGCCAGAAGUUGAGCUUUAAGGAGCGGGUGAGGAUGGCGAGCCCCCGCGGUCAGAGCAUCAAGAACCGGCAGUCGUCCUCGGUGAACGACCGGCGCUCCCCGGUGGCCGACGCCGGCACCGAAGGCACGAGUCCCGCCAAAGUUCAGAAGAGCUGGAGCUUCAACGACCGCACGCGAUUCAGGCCGUCGCUCCGCCUCAAGAGCCAGUCGCGCUCCACCACGGACGCCGACUCCAACGUGGCGGCCGAGGACGGUUUCGACGACAAAGGAUGUCACUGCGAGAUCUCGGUGGAGGAUUUGCUGCCCUCGGUCAAGUCCGUCAUCAGAGCUGUCAGGAUAAUGAAGUUCCACGUAGCCAAGAAGAAGUUCAAGGAGACGCUGCGUCCGUACGACGUGAAGGACGUGAUCGAGCAGUACUCGGCCGGUCACCUGGACAUGCUGUGUCGCAUCAAGAGCCUGCAGACCAGGGUGGAUCAGAUCCUCGGGAAGGGCCAGAUCCCUCUGGAUAAGAAGAUUCGAGAGAAGCUGCUGUCGGAUGGAGACUUGCUGGAGGACGUGAGCAUGUUGGGUCGCGUCUGCAAGGUGGAGCGGCAGGUCCAGUCGAUCGAGUCAAAGCUCGACUCGCUGCUCGACAUCUAUCGUCAGGUUUUGCGUAAAGGCUCGUCCUCGGCCCUCACGCUCUCCUCCCUCCCCCUCUUCGAGCUGGAGCAGACCUCCGACUACAACUCCUCCGUCUUCAGUAAGGACCUGCCCUGCUCCCCCCAGGUCGGCGGCGGAGCGCCUCCCCCGGGCGGCUUCGUCACUCGCUCCUCCACCAACUCCCACCUCCCCCAGGGCGGACUCCAUCUCAUCCUGGCUGCCCCCAACGAGCUCAACCUCAACCUCAACGCCUCCUCCUCCACACCCCCCUCUGGCCUCCCGUCCUCCUCUUUCAGCCCGUCGCCGCUGCCUCAUCACCACCAUCACCAUCACCACCACCACCACCAUCCUCAUCACCACACCCAGGCUCAGGCCACCACACCUGAGAGUGUCACCGACGAGGCGGUGGGAAGCUCUCCACCCAUCCUCACCCCGAACAGCGUCAGCAGUUCUGGGGGCCGAGGAGUCGGAGAUGGAGGGUUUCCUCUUCUGGCGAGGCUUCCGCCGCCGCCGCCUCCCAGCCGGAGCAGUGGUCCAGGCAACAUGGUGCGAGCGACGUCCACAGAAGCCUCCCCUGACAUGGAGGACUUCUGUGGAGGUUUAGGGACGCAGAUGGAGGACAGCGGCGUCAGGGAGGACCUCGGUCUCGGGUUGGGGUUGGGCAGACUGGGGCAGCAGCUACAGGACAAAGGCAACGGCAGGCUUAGUGCGAAGGAGGAGGGUUCCUGGAGGAGACACAUGAGCCUGGAGCUGGAGCCUCUGGUGCCGCCGGCUCUGGGCUGCUGCCCGGGUCCCAUCCAGAUGGACCGAGGACUGGGCAAGUCCAUGUCGGUGCAGGACCUGAUGCAGGCAGCACCGGGGAACGUCCACGACGCCCGCCACAGCCUGUCGUCCCCCAGCCCCAGCACGAGCAGCGACUCCCCCAUCGGCUUCCACAGCUGUAGCCAAGACCCCGGGGGAGGCAGCACAGGCCGGAGCGGUGGAGGUGGAGGCUGGGGCGAGGAGGACCUCUUUAUCAGUGACAGGGACAUAGAGGCGCAGGGGUUUGACUUCCUGUCACAGGGGACUACAGACGCCCACACCUACACCUCGGAGCUCCUGAGGACAGGGGGCAGAGCUGGGGCGGGGUCCCGGGGCUCGAACCGUAGCCUGGCCAGCGGCCAAACGUCCUCCCCCUCUGCCGGCAGCACCGAACUGCUGAACAUGCCGCACGUACGGCUAAAAUAGAGCCCGGCUACAUGUUCGUAAGGCACACAAAUCUCACCUCACUGACGGUUUUUAUCCUUUUUGGAGGGUGGGACUGAAACACGAGGUCCUUCUUUUUUUUUUGUUUGUUUGUUUAUUUUCUUGUUGAUCCAUUUGAUAAGAAUCACAGUAUUUUCAUACAGGCUGAUCACAUACGGCAUAUCGUUGCAUGAGUUGUUCUUUGUUUUGAAGUAGGAUUGACAAAUCUGAGAUUAAAGAUUGAAAAACGCAGACGCCC